AUGGAUAUUAGCAAAAACAAUAACAACGGCACAAAGUAUAACAUUAGCUCUAUCAUUGAUGUUAAGCUAGAAACCCUGUGUUAUCUGAUAUCGCCAAAUAACCCCAAACUUAAUCGUGCUGCACAUGUAUGCGAUACAUCGACGAUCAAAAACAAAACUUGCGGUGCAUAA